AUGCCCAUCAGGUACUCUAUAGUUGUUCCAGCGUACAAGGAGUGCGGAAACUUGGAGGCGCUCACGAAGCAGGUGUUUGACGCGGUAGGGGAUGCUGGAUUCUCUAAGAAUGAUGUUGAGCUGCUCAUCAUUGAUGACAACUCGAGGGAUGGCUCUGUCGAAGUUGUGAAAAAACUCCAGGCAGAUGGCUACGGAGUUCGAAUCGAGGUCCGAACCACGGAGCGCGGCCUGAGCAGCGCUGUGAUUCACGGCAUUACCAUCGCGAGUGGGACGUUCGUUCUUGUUAUGGACGCCGACCUGCAGCACCCACCUAAGGCGGUUCCGCGUCUUUUGAGCGCACUUGAAAGACCGGACGUUGAGUUCGUGUGUGGCACUCGCUACGGCGCGGGUGUAGCCAUUGACCGCGACUGGCCUCUCCACCGCCGAGUCAUUUCCUGGGGCGCACGUGUGCUUGCUCGCCCACUCACACCACUCACCGAUCCUAUGUCUGGCUUUUUCGGAUUGCGCAAGGAUGUUUUCCAGCGAGGCGUCGAGGUGCUGAGCCCUAUUGGCUACAAAAUAGCAUUGGAACUUUUCGUUAAGUGUCGCGUGCGGAAGUAUGAAGAGGUUGGGUUUAACUUCGCGGCUCGAACGGUCGGAGAGAGUAAGUUAACCGGGAAGGUUAUUGUUCACUAUCUGAAACACCUACGUGCAUUGUAUGUCUAUACUUACGGUGUCUGGAUUGUGAUUGUGCUUGCAGGUAUACUGCUUAUUGUUCUUUGGCUCAUGAAAAUCAUGCUGUAG